AUGGAGAGAUUUAAGCUUAUUAAGCGAGGUCUUCAAGCCAUGGUUAUAAGUGAUGAGUGGACUUCUUAUAGAGAAGAAGACAUGGGGAAGGCAAACUUUGUGAAAGAGAAGAUUCUGAAUGAUGAUUGGUGGGACAAACUAGCUUACAUUGUUAAUUUCACAAAGCCUAUCUAUGACAUGAUUAGGCUUUGUGACACCAAUAAACCAUGCCUUUACUUAGUGUAUGAGAUGUGGGAUUCUAUGAUUGAACAAGUGAAGCUUGAGAUUUACAAGAAAGAAAGUCGUCCUAAUUCGGAGUUUAGUUCCUUUUAUCAUGUGGUUUACGAAAUCUUGGUAGCUCGUUGGGAAAAAAGCAACACUCCUCUCCAUUGUCUAGCUCACUCCUUAAACUCGAGGCUCUAUAGUGAUGAAUGGAUACUUGGUGAUCCAUCUAGAGUUGCUCCUCAUAGAGAUGGUGAAGUAUCUCGAGAGAGAAUGAAGUGCUUUCGUAGAUUAUUUGUACUUAAUGAUAAUGUUAGUAAAGUGAUGGAUGAAUAUUCUCUAUUCUCUAUGAAGAGUGGACCUUUUGAGGAUUUAACUUGUAUCUCAAGGAUGCAUUAUAUGGAUCCUAAGAGUUGGUGGGAAAACUUGGGAGCUCAAACUCCUCUUCUCCAAUCUUUGGCAUUUAAAGUGCUUGGGCAACCUACUUCAUCAUCUUGUAGUGAACAAAAUUGGAGUACAUAUGCACUCACUUGGGAGAAACAAGCUAAAUCCAAGUCGUGCCCAAGAUUUGGUUUUCAUCCACAAUAA